AUGAAGCAAUGUUUUAGAAAUUACUAUUUAAAGAAAAAUAAUUUUAAAAUGAUGCAUGAAGAAAAUAAGAAGAGUAUUAGAAAGCUAUCGGACCUUAGACAUUGUUAUAUAAUAAAUAGUUUUAUUGAAAGAUAUUACAAGUUUGGUAGCUACCCUUCAGGGCAAGAUAACAUUAUAUAUAAUAAUAUACAUGAUGUAUAA